GGGAUCUACUGCUGGAGAUCUUCGAGCGAAGGAUUGGCAUGAUGAUCCAGGAAGACCAUCCGGCAAGGCAGAUAUUACCCUUGCACCGCAUCUUUCGUCUUUGAGAUAGAAUGUAUUUCUCCGUUGUCGACACUAUCCAUGUCGGCUCCACCGUAUACUCUCGGAUGGGUGCACAACCUCGAAACCGCGCCUGCAUCAAGUGAUGCGAGAGGUAUCAUUGCGCUUGCCGUUGUGUUCCCUCUCGUGGCAGUCCUCUGUGUUGGGUUCAAAUUCACUAUCCGACUGAGAACGAUCGGCUCAGUCGGAUGGGACGAUGUUGCACUGGCCAUUAGUUGUGGCCUGAACAUAGGAUACAGUGCGACGGCGAUAUAUCAAACGAAAUGGGGUCUGGGACUCAACGCGGCAGACUUUCCUCCUGAGAAUGCAGUUCCCUUCAGCAGGACACAAUUCGCUGGUGGUCCUUUAUACUGCCUGACCGUCCUUGGAUUCAAGCUGUCGCUACUCAUAUCUUACCUUCGAGUGGCUGGAUUCAACCGAACGUAUGCCACGAUCGUUUGGGUUGUUAUCGUCUCAGUCGUGAUCAGUCAAAUCGUAUUCACCAUCUUACUCUCUGCUGGCUGUCGACCAAUCGCAAAGCAGUGGGAUCCGAGCAUUCCAGGAAAGUGCAUCAACGCACUACCAGCUUACUUUGCGCUCGGUGGAACAAGUCUAGGGUGGGACUUGAUUAUCAUCAUCCUUCCUUUCCCAAUCUUGCGGAGGCUCCAGCUUGACUGGCAGAGAAAGGUUGCUCUCCUCGCUGUCUUCAGCUUAGGGUUUUUCGUCACCAUUGUCCAAGCAAUUCGGUUGACGAGCAUUGCAAAGCUCGCAACAUACACAGACUCGAAAGGAUCCAUCCAGUGGUCCGCCGUAGAAAUAAACCUCGGAGUGGUUGUGGCAUGCGUGCCAACCUUUGGACCACUGGUGAAACGCUUUGGUCAAAAGGUCUCACGCGGAUCUCGAUCAAAGGUCUCACGAUUGGCCAAUUCGUCACGACGGAAAACAAACGAAAGCCGCAGCAGACUCCCAGCCGACAUGAGUUGCAGCUGGAAAGGUCCGACGGUAGCUGAGGACGAGAUCGAGCUGUGGACAUCCACCAAUCGCAUUGUCGGAGGUGCGUCACGAAUACAAAGCUCUGCGACAGGAUCGGGGGAUGACGAUGACGGCAAGCAGAGUGCGUCGCAGUCAGUGCACGAACAGCAAAUUCGCGUCCAGCGAGACGUUACGGUUCGGAUGGACGAUGGUGGUAUACAGCAUGUGUAGUACCUUGUAAGAGAUGGCAGUUUCAGCGACGCAAUGUCCGAUCCAGACAGCUAGACGACCAGACUCGUGUGAGGUAGUG